AGUUUUAUAUAUCUAUGAAGAUUACGACAACAAAGUCAUGGCGUGUUGAAACAACUACCUUGAUUUUUUCUUACUUAUUAUUAUUAAGUUAUUUUGUAUUUUAUACUGAGCGUCAAAUUGAAGUAGGAAUCUCGUUUUCUGUCUGUCACACAUGAUCAUUAAUAGUUUAUGUAAAGUUCCUACGGUCUUUGAACGCAGCAGCAGGACGGUCUGUUCUCACCGUGUUUCUCCUCCGUCUGUUGUUGGACUAUCUCCGGAGUGUCUGUAUCGUGUGUGAGAGGAUGUGUUUGUGUUUUCUACGGUUUGAACGGUGAUUAUCGGUGUUUUGGAGAAAGGUUUGAAUCCGUUUCAGGUAUUUAGAGUGUCUUUAAAGUUUAACUGAUUUCACGACCACAGCAGCUUCCGGUAUGAACGCACUGCUGCGCCGGUGUUACCUGCUGCGGCGGGUCGGAUCACGGAGAGGUGAGUCUGAUGGUUGAGUGUUAAAGUUCAGUAAUGUCAGGUUCAACAGUUUGUCACACACACAGUUCACCCUGGAUCCAGAGCUGCUCUGCCUGAAUCUAACCUUCUAACCGGUAACAUAAGUGUAGGUUCUCAUUCAUUCAGGUCAUGGUUUCCAAUUUUUAGUUUAGAAGUUAACUGGAACUGUUUGAGGUUCAUGAAGACUCAGAGAAAAUCUUUGUCUGUUUGAUUGAUUUUUUGUUUGUCUGUCUGUCUGUCACUUUGUUUGUUUGUUGUCUCACUGGACUAUUCACUACGGUGGCCGAGAACCGCCACUGCUGCAAUUUAAAAAAAAAAAAAAAAAAAAAAGCAAAUUAAAAAAAGAAGCCACAACUUAAAUUACUGGUGCCAAAAAAAAAAAAGAAAAGAAACCGAUGCCCGCUGCAAAUAAAAAAGAAACGGUGCAUAACAACUUGUUGACUUUACUGAUUAAUAAUAAAGUCAUGGUGUUACAAAAAUGAAGUAGUGUUUCCAAACACACUCAGGUAGAGGAGAGUGGGGUAAGUUGAGCCACCCCCUGUUGCAGAUUCACUAGUUAGACAUAAAACUAUGAUUGACUUGAUGUAGUGAUCUGAAAUAUGAAAAAUGGCUAAUCUUACCCCACUCUCCCCUAUUUAAAAAAGGAAACUACUGUUUGUGAUUUUUGUUGCCCACUGCUUCUUCUGAAACUUUAAUUGUUGCUCUGCUGUUAAUACGUUUAAUAAACAUGUAAGUGUGCGUUUCUGUGUGUGUAACAGAUUUCCAUGUGACGGCGCCCACUGCGACCUUUGAUGUCAGGAAGGUGGAGCUGACACCUCUGGAGCAGAGGAAGCUGACGUUCGAUUCCCACACCAUGGUGACCGAGCUGGAGAGCAGCGGUGAGGAGACAAGACGACCCAAACACGACAUUUAUUGAUAUUUACAUCAUUCAUAAAUGCCACAUGAUCGAAGAUCUGAUUUUAAUUUUUCUGGCUAAUAAAGCGUUUUUCUCUUUUCAGGUUUUACAAAGCAUCAGGCGGAGCUGGUUGUGUCUGCUUUAGUGACCCUGACGACAGCAAACAUGGACAUCGUAUACAAAGACAUGGUGACAAAAGCCCACCAGGUACAACACCUUUGUUAACUAUUCUUAUUAAAGAAGAAGAAUUUGAUUGAUCGCCACAGGGAAAUUCAAUUUUAUAGUUUUACUAGAAAUAAGAAAAGUUCUGAGUUCAGCAAACCAUAAUACAGAGACACUACUAACAGAACUGUGGCUCGCUCAAAGGGAGAAGCUUGUUAUUAAUUAAUAGUGACAUUUAAAUCACAACUGUCACAAUAAACUGGUUAAAGGCGUCCCCUCCCUUCCAGCUUAUCAUCAUAUCACAUUUCAGCUCUGACAGGAUGAGAGUGCCCAGUGCAGCUUUGUGCAGCAGAGAGUGGAGAUACUAACAGUUUAACAUGAAACAAGAGCGACCUGCACUGAGCUGAAUAACAUCAACAUAACAUGCUUUUGAGAAUUAGUCCCAAGUUAAAGCACAAAGCGGGGCAACUGAUGCUCAAUUCAUGGUGUAACGAGCAGCCAGAAUCCAUUUUCAGCGAGUAAAGUCAUGUGUUCAUUUAUAUCGUUAAAGGAAAUCGCGGUGCAGCAGAUCAUGGCUCACCUGGACUCCAUCAGGAAGGACAUGGUGAUCCUGGAGAAGAGCGAGUUCGCAAACCUGCGUUCAGAGAACUCGGUACAAGAAAAUAAUCAAUACUUAUUAUAUAUACGUUUAUUCUGGGAUUCUGUACGAGCUAACUGAAAGCUAAAGGAGUCCAAACUGCUUCUUCAUUGAUGCAUCAGUGUUAAAGUUCAGUAAUUUCAGGAUCAAUAGUUUCGCUGUCCCUGGAUGUCAAAAUGUCUUUCUUUAUCGUUUCUUUUAUUUUCUUUUGUAGAAAAUGAGGAGGGAGCUGGAGCAGCUGCAGAACAGAGUGGUGGUAAGCAGCAGGUUUUUCCACCUUUUAGAAAAGUUCAGUCGUGAAUGUUGAAACCCAAAUAUUCUGGAUAGAGAUAAAUCUGUGAUGAAGACUCAGUUUGUUGUGUCUUUGUUUUUGUUCAGGAGGAAAGUGUGAAAGUUCGAGCUGAAACCAAACUGGACAUCAACCUGGAGAGCAGCAGGAUCUCUGACAUGGUGCAGGACCACACGUUGACCUUUGUGGUGUUUUUUUAGUAUGAAUGGAAAGGAGAUGUUGGUUUUCUAAGUUUGAGUUUUGUUUUCUGCCAGUUUACCGAACAGGAGAAGAAACUGAUGGAGGCGAGUACAGACUUCCACCAUAAGGUAAUAUAUCACUAAAGCAUCACUGUUAGUCUUCUUAAAUCAUAGUACUACUGCAGUAUGGGAAAAUUAUGUCGUUAUCCAGCGGUUAUGUGAUCCAACUUACCUCGGAAGUCAGAUGUCGUGGCUGGGAAUGACGUCACACUGGAGUCACCAGCGUUUCAGUUACCAAGUUGGAGAAAAGCAAAAUCGGAAGCAGAAACAAGAUGGCUACAUCUACAAACGUUAUUUUAGCGCACGCCUUGUCCAAAUAUAACAAAGAUGAUUUGAUUUGAUCGUAGAUGAAGCCAUCUUGAUUCCGCCUCUGAUUUUGCUUUUCUGACUUGGUAACCUAUGCUGCGUUCGAGUUACAUCGGAAGUCAGAUGUCUGGGCUUAAAAUGACGUCACACCCCAGUUACCAGCGUUUCGGUUACCAAGUCGGAAAAAGCAAAAUCGGAAUCGGAAUCAAGAUGGCUACAUCUAUGAACGUUAGUUUCGUGCUUGGCUUGUCUGAAUAUGACAAGGACAAGCGCCAAAAGAACUUUCUUAGAUGUAGCCGUCUUGUUUCCGCCUCCGAUUUUGCUUUUUUCUGACUUGGUAACUUACGCUGUGUUCAAGUUUCCUCGGAAGUCAGAUGUCGGAAAUGGGAAUGACGUCACUCCUGGGUUACCAGCAUUUCAGUUACCAAGUCGGAAAAAAGCAGAAGCGGAAACAAGAUGGUUAUGUCUAGAAAUGUUAUUUUAGCACUUGUCUUAUCCGAAUAUAACAGGGAUGAUUUGAUCUGAUCAUAGAUGUAGCCAUCUUGUUUCCGCCUUCAAUUUUGCUUUUUUUCCGACUUGGUAACUGAAACGCUGGUAACUGGGGUGUGACGUCAUUUUCAGCUCCAACAUCUGACUGCCGAGGUAAACUGUUACUGGUAAUACCCCAUGUUUUUUAUGUAGUAUUAGUAUUAUGAAGGUGGCAGUACUCUGUCAUUUAUCAUCCUGGGCUGUGAUUGGUUGUUUUUAACGUGGUUGUUGAUGACAUCAUCAGAAAACUGACCUGGAGCACGAUAACAUGGAGAUCAACAAGAAGAUGGACCUGCAGGUGGCCUCGCUGAAAACCAUCCUAGAGUCCCUCAAACUGGAGACGAUCCGUUACUUGGCAGGUACAUCACCGCUAUCAUGCUCUGCAGUGCUCCCAUCAUGCACUGCAGCAGUUACACUUUAAAGACAGAUGUGGCGGUUAAAUAAUGCUCUCUCGCUCUUUCUCCUCAGCCACCGUCUUUUCCUGCCUCGCCAUCGCCCUGGGAGUUUAUCGCCUCUGGAGGUGAAGAACAGGCAGAGCGUCUUCCUCUGCCACACAAAGUAGUUCCACUCAGACUGCUGCUGCUACAAAAAUACUAUGCUUAAAGGAGUUAUACUGUGUUUUUUAAAGUAAAAGUAUCCACUGUAUGAUGAAUAAAUACUCUACAACUAAUGGAAACUGUUUCUGAAAUCACAGAGGAGGACGUUUUAGUAUUUAAAUAGAUACAGGAUGCAGAAAGAUUGCACAUGAAUACAUUAUUUUUUACAAAAAUACCACUUAUUAAUCUACACAUUGUUGUGUAAAAUACUGAGUUAAGUGGUAUUUUUUGAUCAUUUUCUUCAGUCAUAAUACAAAUACAAACAUGAUAAUUAUGUGUAACAGUUUGUUUUUUAAAAAAAUCAAAAAGAUUUACAGUUUUACUGGUAAAAAUCUUUUCAGAAAAAGUUCCCAACCACAUCAGUUAUAUUGUUCACACAAGCAGUAACAGUAUGAUAGUUUUAUUUAAUUAUUCCUGGUAAACUACUCAAAUAUCCAGGUUUUUAUGUAGUAAAAGUAUCAGCUGUUUUAGCACAAAAACACUCAGUUUAUGAAGGAAAUUGAGAAUUUUCAGUUUGUGUGAAGGACUUUAGUACGACUUUCAGCUGCAUAUAUGGAGUACAUCAGAAUUUGUACUGCGAAUAUAAAGUACUGCUUUAAUAUUUGAGGUUUUUUUUAAUCCUCUUUUUUUAUUUUCACUGUUCAGACUUUUUAAUUUUUAAUGAUCUGGUUUACACGUUUGAUUUCAAUCUGGAUUGUUUGAAAUGUACAAAAAUGCAAAAUCGUGAUCAUUAAAAGCUCCCUGACGUUUUUAAAAAUAAAACAAACAGCUGUUUGGUUCCAAUGAAAACAGACUUUACUCAUAAAACUAAGGCUAUGUUCACACUGUAGGUCAAUUCCGAUUUUUUAACCAUAUGUGACUCACUCAGAUUUUUUCAAAUCUGACCCAGGCCUCUUUUUUUUGUGGAUAUAAAUUGGAUAUGUAUCUGAUGUGACUGCAGUGUGAACGCUCAUGUCGCGUUCAUCCAACCUAUACAUCGUCAAUAUGCGACGAACGUCACCAUUGUUCGACAACACAAACAGGCACGGAAAGCAAUUUGUGCUUUGUGCGCAUUCGUUGUUGUAAUGUGAACGACCACACAAAAAGAUCGGAUUUAACAAAAAAUCCGAAUUGUGCAUCAUAACCUGCAGUGUGAACGUAGACUAACUGAAAACACAGCACAAGUUUUCUAAUCGAUUGAACUUUUACGAACUCCGUCACAUCUCCAGGUAAAUAAAAACCAUCCAGUCACAGGAAAUAAAAACAACACAAACAGGAAGUUGAACUCCACUGAACCUUUAUUUUGAAGUUUUGAAACCUAAAUAACAAUAAAACUGAUUAAAGAUCAAUCACUUUUCACACAAACACAAA